AUGGGUAAUCAACAACAACAUCAAGUAGAAGAAGAUUUAUCAUUAAAUGAUUAUCGUUAUUUAAUGAAACAAACAAAUUUAACACCACAUGUUAUUCAAGGUUGGUAUCGAGAAUUUUUAGUUGUAUGUCCAAAUGGUCAAUUAAAUAAAAAUCAAUUUAUGAAAUUUUAUAAAGAAUUAGAAAAUUCCAAGACAAAAAAUGUUGAAUCUAUUGCUGAAAAUGUUUUUCAAGCAUUUGAUUGUAAUGGAAAUCAUCGAAUUGAUUUUAAAGAAUUUCUCAUUGCUUAUGCAUUAACAUCAAUUGGUGAACCAUCAGAUAAAUUACAAUAUACAUUUUCAUUAUUUGAUAAAGAUCAUUCACAAACAAUUGAACCAAAUGAAAUGAUUGAAUUAUUAAAAAAACUUUUUACAAUAACAGGAAAUAAAAUGAAAAUAUAUUCACCAGAAUCUGUUGCAUAUGAUAUAUUUCAUGCACUUGAUCUUGAUCAAAAUCAUUCAUUAUCAAAAGAAGAAUUUAUUAAUGGUUGUCUUCAUAAUGAAGCCAUUCGAUAUUUACUUUCACCAUUUGAAAAAGAUUAUCCGCCAAAGAAUUAA